CCGUGUGCGUGAAUGGACGUAUUUGGAGUGUGAAAAAUUGUUUAGUUUUCACUUGGAGCUUCAGCGCAAAAUGUUGCUGUGGUAUUUUUGCGUCCUAACGUCUUCAUCCCUCAACUCUGUUUUGGUGAACGCGGUUACUGAGAAGUCGUCACGUGGGUUCCUGUUGCUUGACGGAAAUGAGAUCCCUUCAGUGGCACUUGGAACCAGCCUUGGGCACUUAGCAGAUGGUACGCGCAUACUGUCCGUCAACCACUCCCUGGCCCGUGCAGUACAAUGGGCACUCGAAGCCGGGUACAGGCACAUUGACACUGCGGCCCUGUACCGAACCGAAGAUGAGGUCGGCCUAGGUAUCCGUGAUUACAUCGGAGACAAUAGUGCCGACCGGCGGGACGUAUACGUCACUACCAAACUAUGGAACGACGCCCAUGAACGAAACGAAGUUAUACCAGCUUUGCAGCAGUCACUAGCUCGACUGAAAAUGGAUUAUGUCGAUCUGUAUUUAGUACAUUACCCAAUGGCAUAUAAGAAAGAUGGAAGUAUCAGUACGACUGAUUAUUUAACAACAUGGAAAGGUAUGGAGGAUGCCAAAGAGAAAAAUCUGACCAGGUCGAUUGGUGUAUCUAAUUUCAACCUAACUCAGAUGAAGAGGCUAUGGAAUAACGCGAGAAUUAAGCCAGCUGUAUUGCAGAUUGAGGUAAACCCAACAAUAACUCAAAACGAGCUGGUGGAUUGGUGCAAAGAGCAUUCAGUUGUGGUGAUGGCGUAUAGUCCGUUCGGUGCCAUCCUGGGCAGGAAGAAAGACGCACCAGCACCUCGUGUUGACCAUCCCAUAUUGCAGCGACUAGCCACCAAAUAUAACAAGACUGUGCCUCAGAUUUUACUGAGAUACUUACUCGACAGACAACUUGUGGCAAUUCCACGCUCGACAAAUAAAGAGCGUAUUAGAGAAAAUAUUGACAUCUUGGACUUUUCCUUGUCGCCCAGUGAAGUCGAGGAGUUGUCAGGUUUCAAUGCUGACUACAGAUUACGAACACCAGCUAAAUGGUAUUCACAUCCAGAGUUCCCGUUUGAGAAGAAGAAUCUUUCAGAAGAACAAAUUCAGCACAUCAUUGCUAAUAGUAAAGAGGAUUAAACGAGACAGAUUUGAUUAAUUUAAAAGGACGAAUUUAACAGACAUGGCUGUUUUAAAGAAGAACAAUGUUGGAAUAGAACUACUUACUUUU